AUAAUACAGUUAACUUUUAUUCUGGAAAGAUUUAUGAAUUAAUCUGAUGCACUAUUAUUCUGAAAAAUGAAUGAUGCCCGGAAGUGAAUACCCCUAAUGAAUGAUUUAAAUGGUUGGUUCUUUUGUAUUUAAUAGUUAGUACAGUCAACUUACUUAGACCACAUUCAGCUGGUUUUACACAAUAUUCAUUAAUAUAGUCAAACGCUUAUUAGCUACAUUCACAUGUUGGUCUUGUGUCAAGAGAAAGUGGAAUACCAUGUGGAUACGAUUACGAAGACCAUUGAACGAGGUUUAUAACGGCUUUAAACCACUUAAAGACGGAUUUAUUGGACACAAGUGGCUGUGCACGUCUCCGUUUGUGGCUGAAUGCGUCCCAGCCUUACCUACAGCUAGCAGGCUCACGGUGGKGCAAGCUGUCAAGUUAUGGACAGGCCAUUUCCAGCAAAGAGGUGUCUCAGAGCCACAUCUCUCCAGCCAGUACAUCAUUGCACAUUUGCUUGGUGCUAAAACAUUAGAGGGCAUUGGACAGGACAGGCUGGCUGAAUUCCUGACACAAGAACAGACAGAGCAGACAUGGGAGCUCUGUACCAGACGUCUCACCAGAAUGCCACUGCAGUAUGUGAUUGAAGAGUGGGACUUCAGAGAUCUGACACUGAAGAUGAGACCUCCCGUSUUUAUCCCCCGGCCUGAAACUGAGGAGCUGGUUGGCCUAGUGCUUACAGAUCUCCAGAUGAAGCAGGGGACUGGAUUAAGUGAGGAGACCAGCUUCAAGUGCCUGGAAGUGGGUUGUGGCUCUGGUGCUAUCUCCCUCAGUUUACUUAAAAGCCUCCCACAGCUCAGAGCGAUUGCURUAGAUAAAAACAAGGAUGCUGUGGAUCUGACAAGAGAGAACUCACAKAGUUUGGGGUUCCAGGACCGACUUGAGGUUCACCAUAUGGAUGUGAUGAGAGAUGCAGACACAAUUGUGAGCAUGUGCAGUCCAGUCUCCACUUUGGUCAGCAACCCUCCGUACCUGUUCUCAGAGGAUAUGACAUCACUUGAACCUGAAAUCCUCAGGUUUGAGGACCAUGCUGCUCUGGAUGGGGGGAAAGAUGGCAUGCAGGUGAUAAGACACAUUCUGACUCUGGCUCCAAAGCUCUUAUCAAACCAUGGUCGUGUAUACUUGGAAGUAGACCCACGUCAUCCACAUCUCAUCCAGCAGUGGGUAGAGGAAAGUGUUAAAGAGUUACACUACUUGCACACGCAUCGUGACAUCACUGACAGGCCUCGUUUCUGCAUCCUUCAAAAAAAGGAGUGCAACACAGAUCAGGACCAACAUUGAGACUGUGAGAUAUGGAUCCUGUUUCACUGGCUUCAGACCAGCCUCAACACCCACCAUCCAUCUGCCACGUACUGUACACACUACUGAUCUCAAAUAAUGUAGAAAUUCACAAACACGCACAAAUACAUAUCGUAGAUGGGCUACAUUUAUACCGGAGGACGUUGUAGGUGCUAAUGUGUGUUUGUGUGGCAAUAAAGGAGGGUGAUAGUGACAGA